GGGAGCUGGAAACAAAAGAAGACCAAGGACGCAUGCGCUUGGUGUGUCCCAGGUUCUGAUGGGUUCUUCCGCUCAGGCAGAAUAAAGUGCUUCCGGGUCGCCGUCGCCUGCCGACUCCCGGCGCGAUGAGGAAACUGAGGCUCAGAGAGGUUAAGUGACUUGGCCAAGGUCAAACAGCUAGUAAGCGGUGGAGCCAGGACUCAAACCCAGUCUAGGAGCCAUGUCCACCUUGUUUCCCUCACUCUUCCCCCGUGUGACUGAGACACUGUGGUUUAAUCUGGAUCGACCCUGUGUGGAGGAGACAGAGCUGCAGCAGCAAGAACAGCAGCAUCAGGCCUGGCUCCAGAGCAUUGCAGAGAAAGACAACAACCUGGUACCUAUUGGCAAGCCGGCCUCAGAGCACUAUGAUGACGAGGAAGAGGAAGAUGAAGACGACGACGAGGACAGUGAAGAGGACUCGGAGGAUGAUGAGGACAUGCAGGACAUGGAUGAGAUGAAUGACUACAAUGAGUCACCUGACGAUGGAGAAGUCAAUGAGCCUCCUCUCCAGGUGGACAUGGAAGGCAACGAGCAGGAUCAGGACCAGUGGAUGAUCUAGGUAGACAAGGCAGGGUGGUCUCAGGAUGACUCCAGGCCCGCCCAACCUAUCCUGGAGCCCCUGCGGACUCAGCUGAUCACCCAACCCCCCCCUGCCCCGGUGCCUGAAAGCUCACCCUCGGGCACCUCCUUAGCUGCUGCCAGCAGCUGGUAUCCUUGGCCCCUCCCAGGCCACCAGUCUGCCCUUGAAUCCGCAGGGCCUGAGCCCACCCCACCUUUCUGGCCAGCACCUCAUCCCUUGGUUGCCAGAUCUAGUCUCUUUCUAACUCUCUUUAAUAAAGACACAGGACUGAUUUU